AACUCAUUUUGUUUACCAUCCCUACUCUCUCUCUCAUCACCUCUCUCUCUCUCUCUCUCUCUCUCUCUCUCUCUCUCUCAACAUGGAAUGCAGUGGUGAAAUGACCACCAGUACUCUUCCUAUCAGUGUGUCCACAUCCUUCUCAUAUUCCGAUCCAUCAUCCACUUCUUCUUCUCCUUCCCAAUCUCCUCCACGUGCUCCUCCCUCUCCUCCGCCAGUGAUUCUAAGCCCUUGUGCUGCAUGCAAAAUUCUCCGGCGACGGUGCGCCGACAAAUGCGUUUUGGCACCCUACUUCCCACCUACUGAGCCACUCAAGUUCACCACAGCCCAUAGAGUCUUUGGAGCUAGCAACAUCAUCAAGUUGUUGCAGGAACUUCCGGAGUCUCGGAGGGCAGAUGCAGUGAGCAGCAUGGUUUAUGAAGCAAAUGCGAGGAUCAGGGAUCCAGUUUACGGUGCGGCGGGCGCGAUCUGCCAGCUGCAGAAGCAAGUGAGUGAGCUCCAAGCAGAAUUGGCCAAGGCACAAGCUGAGAUAGUUAACAUGCAAUGCCAACAAUCUAAUUUGGUGGCCUUGAUUUGCAUGGAAAUGUCACAUUCUCAAGAAAUACCUAACCCUAACCCUAACCCUCAACAGCAACCCUGUGAAAAUUGGAGCUUUACUUUUGAUGAUUGGGAGCCACUCUGGACAUGAUCGAUCAACAAGUGUUGCAGAAAUUUGCAUGUUGAAGUGGAGAGACAAGAAGAAAAUGGAGGGCAUUUGAGAGAGGUUGCAUUUCUAAGUGGGGAUAAUUAAUUAAUUAGGAAACUAAAUUUGGGUCGACAUAGAAAUUAAUAUUGCAAUAAGAGAGAUUAGUUUUACUAAAGCUUAGCUUAUUCUAUUGUCAUAUUAGGAAGUCACGAGCUUUAACAAAAGCGAAUGUAACUUAUGGGUUUUUUUGUUUUUUUUCUCCUACUUGUAAUUUUCCAAAGGGAAAGAAAAAGAGUGAGAAAAGAAAAAAUUCAAAAA